UGGUGGUGCGAUUUGGAGGGCAAAAAUAAAUGAAGAUUUACGACGAUGACGUCAUCAACGCUUCAGGUUCGGUUGGCGUGUUUCGUUGCACGCGCUUCCAAGAGGCCCUGGAUUGGAGCAUCAUCGAGUCACUCAUUCUGGUGAACGAAAUCGCAGCGGUGGAAGCCGACUGCUCCGUCGCGCUCUCCUCCUACCAGCAGUGGAACAUCAUUGCCCAGAACUGCGUGGCCUUGGAUGUGCAGCGCAAACGCACGCAGUGCCGCCGCAAGUGGCAUGCGUUGCUCUCUGACUACGACUGCUUCAAGGGAACAGCCAACGCUGGAGGCAAGUUGCCGCCGAAUUUCGAUUACGAAUUGUUUGAGGCCGUCGAACGCGUUGUGAAGGCACGUGAGGAGCGGGGCAUGGCUGAUCCCGAGAGCAAUCCGAAGCAGGGAACGAUGCGUGUGACGCCACCGUGGAAAUUGGGUCCAAAAGGAAACGGUAACGAAGUAAGUUCAAACACCGCAUUCAAAAGCCCAAACUUGAACAAAGGCACAAGGACAACCAUGAAGAAGAGCAUGAGGAAAAACCAUUUUUUUCAUGGGUGAAAAGAGAAGAGGUUG